GGUAAGAUGGCGGACGACAGGCUGCCGGAGCCAGCGGAUGUGAAUGGCGAGCGGCUGGGUGCCGACGCUAUCGCAGCUGGCCGUGAGUGAGGCAGCCGUGUUCGCAGCUGGUCGCCUUGCUUGUCUGCUCGUGGUGCUGUCAACGAGCACUGGGCUCCCACCGCGCCAGGAGCCUGCGCCGAGUCUUUGUAGCGGCGGCCGGGCCGGAGGCUCCCCGUGGACAUGUACUUCCUGAGCGGAUGGCCCCGGAGGCUCCUCUGUCCGCUCAGGGGCUCAGAGAAGCCCUUUUACAUCCAGCCCGACUCUCGGAGAUUGCUGUUUGCUCUCUUAUCGCAGAGCCAGAUCAGCCUGUGGUACGGCAGGCCCAGUGUUUUAAUUGUAAGCUACAAGGAAUCUGCAAAGGCAGCUUCACAGUUUGGAUCAUAUGAAAAGACGGAAUGGAAGUCCGAUAGCAGCAUGAUUGCUGUUGCGACUAAAAAUGGAUACAUCUUGCUCUUUGACAUUGUAUAUUCAGGACAAGAGAAAUACUUAUAUGAACCGGUGUAUCCCAAAGGAAACCCAAGAGUUAAGGUAGCUACUGGGUACAAGGAGGAACAAUGUGCUCCUUCCAUAACUGUAGAGAUGAAGAAGGUGCUAGAUUUCCAAGCAAAAAUCACAAGUCUGCAGUCAAUGCAGGAUGAUUUAGUAAUCGCUACAAGUGAUGGGAUACUACAUCUUAUUCACUGGGAUGGUUUAACAAAUGGAAGAAAAGCCAUUAAUCUUUGUUCUGUUCCAUUUUCUGUGGACCUCCAGUCAUCACGAGGUCCUUCAUUAGAGUUUGAGUUUGUAUGUGUCCAGGAUAUGGAAUACUGUGCAACCCUCGAUGGUUUUGCUGUGGUUUUUGAUGAUGGUCGAAUUGGGUUCAUUACUCCUGUGUCCAGUAGACUUGCAGCUGAGGAUUUUCAUGGUGUAUGGGCACAAGAAGUUACUGAUGGAACUUGUGUGGCUAUUAACAACAAGUACAAAUUGAUGGCAUUUGGCUGUGCAAAUGGUUCUGUUUUAGUUUACUCAAUGGAUACAACUACAGGAAGCAUGCAACUAUCCCACAAGUUCGAAUUAACUCCAAAACAUUAUCCUGAUAUUUGGAACAAAACAGGAGCUGUGAAAUUGGUCAAAUGGUCACCUGAUUGGAGUGUUGCUAUGGUUACGUGGGAUUGUGGAGGCUUAUCCUUGUGGAGUGUUUUUGGUGCUCAUCUAUUUUGCACAUUAGGUGGAGAUUUUGCGCAUUAUUCUGAUGGCACAAAAAAGGAUCCCAUUAAAAUCAGCUCUAUGAGCUGGGGUGCAGAAGGCUACCACCUUUGGGCAAUUUCCAGUGAUAACACUCAACAAAUAAAAAGUGACCUGGAAAAUAAAAGUGUGAUACAGCAAGCAGAAAUUCUUCAAUUUCAAUUCAUCAAAAGCGCUCUAACGGUUAAUCCCUGCAUGAAUAACCAGGAACAAGUACUUCUGCAAGGGGAGGAUCGUCUUUAUUUGAAUUGUGGUGAUGCAUUGCAGAAUCAGAAUUCAAGUACCGCAUCAGCAAAUUCAGGGCACCAGCCAGUCAGGGAAAAGAAUCCUCUUUCAGAUGACAUUCUAAUUCCUCAGGAUUUAAGCACUUUAUUAGGACACAGGCACUGGCAUAUUGUACAGAUCCACAGUACCUAUCUAGAGAGUAAUUGGCCAAUAAAGUCUUCAUUCCAUUUGCUAUUUCCUCAGUUCACAGCAAUAGAUCGUCUGGGUCAGUGUGUUGCUGUGGCAGGCAAAUAUGGAAUUGCACACUACGCUUUGUUUACAAGAAAAUGGAAACUUUUUGGAAAUAUUACACAGGAACAAAAUAUGGCAGUGACUGGUGGUUUGGCAUGGUGGAAUGACUUCAUUGUUUUAGCCUGUUAUAAUUUGAUUGACCAACAAGAGGAGUUAAGACUUUAUCUCCGAUCAUCCAACUUGGACAAUGUUUUUGCUCAUAUUACCAAAGUACAGGCAGAGACUUUAUUGAUAAAUGUCUUCAGGGACAUGGUGAUAUUGUUCAGGGCAGACUGCUCUAUCUGCUUAUACAGUAUUGAUCGGAAUGAUAAUGGCCCUAAUCCCACUGCCAGUGUUCAAAUUCUGCAAGAAGUAUCUAUGUCACGUUACAUCCCACACCCUUCACUUGUGGUAUCAAUAACUUUGAGUUCUGUGAGAACAGAGACCGGCAUCACCUUGAAAAUGCCACAGCAGGCCUCUGCUGCAGAAAGCAUUAUGCUUAAUUUGGCAGGUCAGCUUAUCAUGCUACAGAGGGAUCGAUCUGGUCCUCAGGUACGAGAGAAGGAUAGUAUUUCUAAACAUAGGAAGCUGCUCCCAUUCUCUGCUCCCAUUGUGCUUGCGCAAUGUGUUGAAAACGUGUGGACAACCUGUCGAUCUAACAAACACAAGCGUCAUUUGCUUGAAGCUCUCUGGCUCAGUUGUGGAGAAGCAGGAAUGAAAGUUUGGCUUCCUCUUUUUCCUCGAGACAAUCGCAAACCACAUUCCUUCUUAUCCAGGCGGAUUAUGUUGCCAUUCCAGAUCAAUAUCUAUCCCUUGGCGGUUUUAUUUGAAGAUGCCCUUGUCCUUGGUGCAGUGAAUGAAACUGUGCUCUAUGAUAAUUUAUAUGUAUAUAGUAGUGAAAAAGAACCUUUGGAAGUCCUAUUCCCAUUUUGUACUGUUGAGAGGACUUCUCAAAUCUACCUCCAUCAUAUUCUUCGCCAGCUUCUCGUAAGGAACCUUGGUGAACAGGCUCUGUUGUUAGCUCAGUCCUGUGUCACAUUACCAUAUUUCCCUCAUGUACUGGAACUGAUGCUUCACGAAGUAUUGGAAGAAGAAGCUACCUCUCGGGAACCUAUUCCUGACCCACUGCUUCCAACUGUGGCAAAGUUCAUUACUGAAUUCCCUCUUUUUCUGCAGACAGUAGUUCAUUGUGCUAGAAAGACGGAAUAUGCCUUGUGGAAUUACCUAUUUGCUGCUGUAGGUAAUCCUAAAGAUUUGUUUGAGGAAUGUUUGCUGGCGCAGGAUUUGGACACUGCUGCAUCUUAUCUCAUCAUCCUACAGAACAUGGAAGUUCCUGCUGUUAGCAGACAGCACGCAACACUGCUUUUCAACACAGCCCUAGAACAAGGAAAAUGGGAUCUUUGCCGUCACAUGAUCCGAUUCUUGAAAGCCAUUGGAGCAGGAGAAUUAGAAACUCCUCCACCCACUCCUACCACUCAGGAACCCAGCUCAGCUGGUGGUUUUGAGUUCUUCAAACAUAGGAGUAUUAGUUUUUCACAGUCAACAGAAGGGCUCAGUACUGGUAAAUUUAACCUGCAGAAGACACUAAGCAUGCCCACAGGGCCUUCCGCCAAAAGGUGGAGCAAAGAUGUUGAUAGUGCUGAGAACAUGUACAUAGAUGAGAUGCUUUGGCGGCAUGCACGAAGACUCUUGGAAGAAAUGAGGUUGAAAGAUCUCUGCAGUUUUGCUGCACAGCUGGGUUUUGAGCUCAUUGGUUGGCUCUGCAAAGAAAGGACUCGAGCAGCACGAGUUGAGGACUUUGUAAAGGCUUUAAAAAGACUCCACAAGGACUUUGUUUGGCCAUUUCCUGUUAUUCCUUCCUGCUCAUUCCUAAACUCACCAUUCAAAAAUGGGAAAUACAAAACAGUUGGAGAUCAGUUUCUUAAGUCACAGUCAACUGAAGGAUUUGCAAGCAGUGAGUUGGAGAGUGGAAUCAUAAACACCCGUGGCAGUCAUAUCUGCCUUGGUCUAAAUACUGCAGACAGAGAGAUGGAUUCUGGCUCAUUGCACGGACCGCAGACACAGGAAGCAGUUCUCUCACCAAUGCUUUCUAAAGGUGAUGAAUGCAGUAUUGGGUCGGCUACUGAUCUCACAGAAACCAGUUCAAUGGUGGAUGGUGACUGGACUAUGGUAGAUGAGCAUUUUUCCACACUCAGCCUCACGCAGUCUGAGCUGGAGUAUAUAUCAAUGGAGUUGGCUAAUAAAGGUCCUUGUAAGUCACAGGUUCAGUUAAGGUAUCUACUCCAUAUAUUUUUGGAAGCUGGCUGUUUGGAGUGGUGCAUAGUGACAGCACUCGUCCUCCGAGAUUCUACAGCAAUAGGUCAGAUAAUUAGUUCAAUCCAACACUCCGAGAUUUCCAAGGAUGUUUUGCAGGGUAUUAAAGAUGGGAUGCUUGCUGUGGAUGGAUGGGCUUCAUCAGACUGCCCUGGAUACAAGCCAUUUCUAAAUCGUAUAAAGCCUCAGCUGCAAAAAUUGAAUGAGGUCACAGAGGAGCAAAUUCAGCCCGAAGCUUUUCAGCCUUCAAGUCGUCUGAGCAUAUCAAAGGCAGUGGAGCCCCCCAACCCAUGGUCCGAAGACAGCAGAACCUCUGUGAGCCAUGUUAACAAUAGUCAGACUGAUAGUGGUAGUGGUAUCAGCGGGCAGGAAGAUGAUGACCAGGGAGAGGAGAAAGAUGUACCACUCAUGGAUGAAGGGAGUUAUGAGUGUACUCUGUCAUGAAUAGCUAUUCUUUAGAUGGUUGAAUUCCAGACUUUGAGAAUGCAAAUGAAUCAAUGGUGCCUUUCUCUGUUAUGCACAUGUCUUGUAUAUUGAAGGAGAAUUCUCACACGCAUGUCCAAUCUGAAUUUGGAACAAAAUGUCUGCCUUCAUUUCAUAAAAUCAAAAAAAAAUGACAUCUUGUUAUUGAAAUAGAUUGCUGAUGUGGAACAUCUCUGGCAAAGUAACCAUUCUUUUCCCUUCUGUGCUCCUGAGCAUCAUGUGACAUACAGAGUGCCAGACAGUGUGGAAGAAAUGCAUGAAUUCUAAAUGCAUAAAUUCUGAAUUUAUAAAGGCAACUAUUUCUGGAUUGGAACAGUGCCUGGUUUAAUACUGCCUUAUUUUGGUUAGGGUGGCGAGUCUUAUAAAGGUGCUCUUAGUUCAGAAGUGUUUCAAAUUCUGUUAUUUUUGUUCUUCGUCAAGGAAGUAUAAUGAAAUAAUGCUGUACAAACUGAACAUUAGUUUGCAGUUUGCGCUACAUUGAGGUGUGAGUCCAUACUUCACUUGUACUAGAAAUGUUCAUUUAUCAUAAAUUUAAUAUAAAAACUAUAUUCUUAAAAGGGAUUUUCCCAAGUACAUUUGAAAGGAGCUCCAAUUCUACAAUGUAUCUGUUUCUCUUCCAGGCACUUAUGACUCAAAAGUGAGAUGCUUGAUAUUUUUGAAGUAUAUUUAAUUUCCACUUUAUUCAGGCAGGAUACAUUACCAUGCCUUCUAGAUACAAGUGUGCACUUUGCUCAUUACUAUACCUCUGCUGAAUUAGAGAGAUGGUCUCAGAUUGGUAAUUCUGACCAUAUGCUCCAUAGGUUAUUGCUUAGUUUAGCCCUAACUUUAGUUAUAGUGGUCGAACAACCAAUUAGUGAUGGGUGGAAGUGAUCCACAAUGUCUCUUUCAUGCUUAUAGCCUUGGUGUUAUAAGCAGUUGUACUCUACUUGACCUACUGACCUAUUACUUGAGCUAGGCAUGAUUCAGUACUCCAUUGGAACAUUGGAGACAACGAUUAAUUAUUCCUACCUAGAAUAUUGCAAAGUCUAAACCUUUAUUGUACAAAAUGUGGCAAUUUAAAAUUUCCCUUUCUAUCGGUGCAGAGUUUCCUGCUAGGUGUUAAGAUCUCAUACAAAUCAUGCCAUUUGGUUCCACAAUGACAGGAUAUUUCAAUGUCAGAAAACCCUGUCACAGUUUUUGAAGCAAAAGACAUGUGCAUGACAUGUGAAUGAGGCUCCAAAUUAAACUUUUAAACCCGUGUUGGUGCUUAAGGAAUUGAUCUUGGCCCUCAAGUAUUUUAUACAGAACUUUUUCUAAAAUAAAGUGCAUUUCAGAUUUUGUUUAAGACACCAUCGUUAACCCAACUGCUCAUACAGCUAUUUAUAUUGUACAGUGUUGGCGCAUGUGUUGCAUGAGCAUUUGGUAGCUCAAACAUUAAACUGAUGCUUGAAUUUGGUACCCUGUUGUAAGAUCUGUGUGAGAUUUGUGCUGUAAAAUAAAUACCAUUGUUUUGAGACAGGAGGAGCUGAAAAAGAUCAUUUAUGAAAAUUAUCAAAAGACUGUUUUAACAGGUUUGUGUUUAGAAAUGCCUUUAUUUAUUGCUUUCCCAAAAACUUAAGCUUUGUUCUAGAUGCAAAAAGUAUUUUUAUGUAAAUAAAAUAAAGCUAUGUAAUCAUGUUUUUUAUACUUGGUUAGAUUCUAGCAAGGUGUAAAAUAUGAACAGUAACAAUAGCUUUUAAUAAAGGCUGUCCUAAUUAAAGCUUGAUUAUUAUGUUAAUCCACUUUCAAGGGAGUAAAGUCACCCAUUAAUUUCCUACUCCAAAUAAGGUGCUGCCGUGUAUAAUCUUAUACAGUGGUACUAUCUUCAUACCCAUUUCCUUGCAUCUGAAUGCAAAGGUAUAUGUACCUGAAGCAGUAUUAAGAGACUAAAAUAGCAUAUUUGUUACUGUGCAAUUUGAACAAAAGAAAUGCAAAUUGUUGCUUAUUUUAUACAAUACGAGUAGUCUAUUUUUUUAGCCAAACUGAAUUGAAUUUUGAUGUGGACCAAAUUGGUAAUCUAGCCCUAAAUAGUAAUUAGUAUAUUAAUUAUCAAUGUUUAAGCUCAUAGGAUAAUAAAGGAUAGAACAGAAUUCAUUAAAUGCAAUAUAUCCUUUAAAAGGGAUUUUAACAUUUUGUUGAAUGUUCAGAGGAAUGCAGAGGGAGUGAGUGAGUGAGUUGAGAUUGGAUUCAUGUUGCACAUGUACCAUACAAUCAGACUUAAGCUAAUAUAAAAAUGUAUUAUUUGAUUACUGGCCCCUGUACUUGGCUGGGCUAAAUUGAGGUCAGUUUCUUAACUAAGUUUGAAGUGUGCUUGGCUGUACAUCCACACAUGGCAAAGUUAAUUAUAUUUUAGACUGUUUUCCAAGCAGUUGUUUUUUUAUGCAGUUAAUAUCUUUCUAUUUAAUAUUUAAGUCUGCUUACUGUUAAAAAUUCUCUUUUGUACUCUUCAGUUUGCUAACAUGACCUUGUAAAUAACUGACACAUUAACCUGUUAAAACACCACACUAUAAAUCUACUUAAAACCUAUCAAAAAGUGUUUCAAAACAAGCAGUAUUUUCAUCCAAAAAUAUUUUUUUAAAAAUCCCAGUAAGACCCCUUCCUGUAACUUUUUGUUGACAGCUGUGAAAUAGAGACAAGACUCUCAGAAAUAUUGAGCAUGGUCUGGUGGUGUUUAACAUAACCUCAAUAAUGUAGCAACAUGGGCAUAAAGUUAGAAUUCUCUUUGCAAGAUUGAUGGAAUGGCAGUUUUUAUCUGUUUUACUAAUGAAUUUAUUUGUUUUUGUUUCCUGGCACAUGUACGAUUUUACAGCAAUAAACACUUUUGAUUA